GAAACGUAAGUAGAAAGUCGGAGGAGAGGUGUUGGUUUAUUCACUUGCCUGGCUUGUUACUCUGGCUAGCCAAGCAAGUAGAGGGUGUUUGAUGUGAUAUAUGAAUCUAACUUACGUCUACAGUUUUCGCAAGCAAUUUCUUCUAUUGACACCUUGCAAACCUCAUAAACUCGCCUCCUAUACGUGACUCGCCUGCCCGGCUACCCUGUCACUCUGCCCAGUCAAGGUAGAAGGAAUUAACAUGUGAAAUACAAGGAAAGCGCAAGUAUUUCAUAAACAGUUUUUUCUGUUGACACCAUCCAAACUUCAGAAUCUUGCCACCCAUACGUGACUCACUCUGCCCGGCCAAGUAGCAUGUGAAAUAUGAGUUUAUCAAGUUUGCAGUGUUUCAGAACUUAUUGAUACAUUCCAAACUUGAAAAACCUCACCUCCUACAUACGUUGCCCUCCUAGUUUACUCUAGUCAUACAGUUACUCGGGACAGUCAAAUAGAUGGAGUUUACACGCGAAAUACCGGGGUAGCUGAAGUCUACAGCGUUUCACAAGCAAUUUCCUCAUCUGACAUUUGAGAGCAUCACCCUCCCAUGCGUGACAGUGCAAGUCUACACCCCACCCAGUCACGCCAGUAGACUCUUUGCUAUCGUCACUCCCUCACCCAUUGGUGUCUGGAGUAUAUUGACAGGAUGUGGUGGAUGGAUCUGCUGCUGCGCACCAUCCGGCUUGUCCUGGAAGGUGCAUCUCGACUCAUCUUUGGCAUCAUGUACUAUGGCAGCACACACACCCCUCUGCCUCCCAUCACCAACCUUGUGCUUCUAGAGUCUGCGACAGCACUUGCAACUAAGAUCAGGACAAAAAAGCUGACCAGUGAGGAGGUGGUGAAGUCAUUCAUUGCUCGCAUUAAGGAAAUCAAUCCGAUCCUGAAUUGUGUGGUUGAUGAUCGCUUUGAAGAUGCUCUGCAGGAAGCAAGGGAAGCCGACGAACUUAUUCGGUUUGGCACAAUGGAUGAAGCAACACUGGCCAAGACAAAGCCAUUCCUGGGUGUGCCAUUCACUACCAAGGACUGCUUUGCUGUGAAAGGUUUGAAGCAGACAGCCGGAUUAUGGAUAAGAAAGGACAUGGUAGCUGAGGAGGAUGCUGAUGCUGUGAGAGUAAUGAGGGAGGCUGGUGCUAUUCCCCUGUGUGUGACCAAUGUGUCUGAGCUGUGCAUGUGGUGGGAAAGCUGUAACACCAUAUACGGAAGGACUAACAACCCUUAUGUCAACUGCAGGAUUGUUGGAGGCUCAUCUGGGGGUGAAGGCUGUCUCCAGUCGGCCUGUGGUGCUCCCUUUGGCAUAGGCUCUGACAUUGGAGGAUCCAUCCGCAUGCCUUCCUUCUUCAAUGGAAUAUUUGGCCACAAACCUACUUAUGGUAUAGUGAGCAACCUUGGGCAGGAGCCAGUGGCCUCUGGGGAAGCCAAGGAAUUUUUGGUAACAGGUCCCAUGUGUAAGUAUGCCCAGGAUCUUGGCCCCAUGCUGAAGGUCCUCGGUGCUGGCAAUUCCCACAUGCUGAAGCUUGACCAGAAGGUGGACAUCCGCAACCUGCGUUACUUCUACAUAGAGGAUGAUGGCGGCUCCCCAAUGGUGACUCCCAUACAGACUGAACUCCGAGAGGCCCAGCGCAAAAUUGUCCAGCACCUUGAGAAAGCAUAUGGCAUCAAGGCAAAAAAGAUUACUCUCAAGAAACUGAAAGCAUCUGUGCUUAUAUAUUUUGCCAAGCUUGGUAGUGUAGAAGAAGCCCACACAUUCUGUGAAGAACUGGCAUUGAAAAAGGGAAGCAUCAACGUGUGGAUGGAGUUGGUCAAGUGGUGUGUGAAGUGUUCUAGGCACACCUUUGCUGCGCUGCUCCUUGGGGUGCUGGAGAAACUCAACAACCACAACAAACACACGGAAAACUUCACCAAACUCCUUGCCAUGUGUGCUGACCUCAAGCAGGAAAUGAAAGAGCUUUUAGGAGAUGAUGGGGUGCUGCUCUUCCCAAGCCAUCCCACUGUGGCUCCAUACCAUGGCCAGCCACUCUUCAGGCCCUUCAACUUUGCCUACACUGCCAUCAUUAAUGUUAUGCUGCUCCCCUCCACACAAUGCCCUCUUGGUCUGGGCUCUGAAGGUCUGCCACUUGGUAUUCAGGUUGUGGCCAACCACUACCAGGACCACCUCAGCCUGGCUGUAGCCACAGAGCUGGAGAAAGCUUUUGGUGGCUGGGUUUGUCCAUCAGAAGUUAAAUAAUUCACCAUAAGUAAAUACAUGGGUGUCCAUCACAUUAUUCAGAGCACAUUUUUUCCUAUGCAGCUUACUCAGUAGUGUUUCUCCUGAGAUUCUUGAUUUUUAAGAUACUUAAAUGCGUCUUUUAUCAUUGUGUGUGUGUGUUGGACUAUGGAUAACUUUUGCACAUUUAUAUAGUAUUAAGUGUUGAUAACUUAAAUAUUUUUGUCUGUUGAUGAUUUUAUUAGUAUGAAGUAUUUAUUCAAGUACAAGCGUGAGUAGUGUUAUUUUAUGAGGCUGAAAUGUUGGGUAUGGGAAUAGCAUAGAAUGGGGGUAGUGUACUGCAAAUGAGGUGUCUGAGUAGCAUAUAUGUUUCAUGUGUGGGGGAGAAAUGAGGAAGCAGACAACUGAUGUUUCAAGAGGGUGAUCAGGCUGAGCAAAGGUGUAAUGGCUUGGGCUUGUAGGUAGUGGAAGAAUAAUAAUCAGGGAAGUUCUGAUGCAGGAGAGAUGUAAUUAUGAUUUAGAAAAAAAGAUGUAAAAGUUGAGUAAA